CAGAGGUGCUGUGCUAAAUUCUUUGGCAGGGGCCCGGAUGUUCUCUGAGGAUGCUUUGCAAUUGUACUAAAGGAGGCAGUAGUGGAAAGGUUCAGUUUUUGGGCUUUGAUGCAAUCAUGGGAAUCAGGUAAUAACCAAGCGGGGGAAUUUAAUCGCCGCAGCAGCUUCGGUUUCUUCCUUGAACUGCUCACCUCAUCUGCUGAUUUGUGUUUCGGUUCUUUUUGGAUUUGGAGGAAUUAAAAUCUGAACUCCUGCUUGGGUGUUUUGUUUUUUGGUCCCUCGUCCCUCUACUUAAAUGGUCAAUGAAAACAAGAGGAUGUACAUUCCAGAAGAAAACCACCAAGGUUCCAACUAUGUGAGUCCCCGUCCAGCUCAUGCCAACAUGAAUGCCAAUGCAGCUGCAGGACUUGCACCCGAGCAUAUCCCUACUCCAGGUGCAGCCCUCUCCUGGCAGGCUGCUAUCGACGCUGCCAGGCAGGCCAAAUUGAUGGGUGCUGCUGGCAAUGCAACAAUAUCCACCGCUAGCUCCACACAGAGGAAACGGCAGCAGUAUGGGAAACAGAAAAAACAGGGUACCACCACAGCUACACGUCCUCCCCGGGCACUGCUGUGUUUAACACUGAAAAAUCCCAUCCGGAGGGCAUGCAUCAGUAUUGUUGAAUGGAAAUCAUUUGAAAUUAUUAUUUUACUCACUAUUUUUGCCAAUUGUGUGGCCUUAGCUAUCUAUAUCCCCUUUCCAGAAGAUGAUUCCAAUGCUACCAAUUCCAAUCUGGAACAAGUGGAAUAUCUCUUUCUCAUAAUUUUUACAGUGGAAGCAUUUUUAAAAGUAAUAGCAUAUGGACUUCUCUUUCACCCUAAUGCUUACCUCCGCAAUGGCUGGAAUUUACUAGAUUUUAUAAUUGUGGUAGUAGGGCUUUUUAGUGCAAUUUUAGAACAAGCAACCAAAGCAGAUGGGGUAAAUUCGAUAGGAGGCAAAGGUGCUGGAUUUGACGUUAAAGCACUCCGGGCUUUCCGAGUAUUGCGCCCCUUACGGCUGGUAUCUGGAGUUCCUAGCCUCCAAGUGGUUUUAAAUUCCAUUAUCAAGGCCAUGGUCCCUUUGCUGCACAUUGCCCUGCUGGUGCUGUUUGUCAUAAUUAUCUAUGCCAUCAUUGGACUGGAGCUCUUCAUGGGGAAGAUGCACAAGACUUGUUAUGUAAACGGUAAAAACCCAACAGAUAUUCUAGCAGAAGAGGAACCCUCUCCUUGUGCACCUGCACCUGCGCAUGGUCGGUACUGUCAGAAUGGCACUGAAUGCAGACCAGGAUGGGAGGGGCCCAAGCAUGGCAUUACCAACUUUGACAACUUUGCCUUUGCCAUGUUAACUGUGUUUCAGUGCAUCACCAUGGAGGGCUGGACGGAUGUACUGUAUUGGAUGCAGGACGCUAUGGGCUAUGAGUUACCCUGGGUGUACUUUGUCAGUCUGGUCAUCUUUGGAUCCUUUUUCGUUCUUAAUCUGGUACUUGGUGUGUUGAGCGGGGAGUUUUCUAAAGAAAGAGAGAAGGCAAAAGCUCGGGGCGACUUUCAGAAGUUGCGGGAGAAACAGCAACUGGAGGAGGACUUGAAGGGAUACCUGGACUGGAUAACUCAAGCAGAAGAUAUUGACCCAGAAAAUGAGGAUGAAGGCAUGGAUGAGGAGAAGCCCCGAAACAUGAGUAUGCCCACCAGUGAGACAGAAUCUGUGAAUACUGACAAUGUGGCUGGAGGUGAUAUUGAAGGAGAAAACUGUGGCGCACGGCUGGCGCACCGGAUAUCUAAAUCUAAGUUUAGUCGCUACUGGCGCAGAUGGAAUCGGUUCUGUAGACGGAAAUGUCGCGCUGCUGUCAAAUCCAAUGUUUUCUACUGGCUUGUGAUCUUCCUUGUAUUUCUCAACACCCUCACUAUUGCCUCUGAGCAUUACAACCAGCCAGACUGGCUCACUGAAGUUCAAGACACUGCCAAUAAGGUACUGCUAGCUCUUUUCACGGCUGAGAUGUUGCUGAAGAUGUACAGCCUGGGUCUUCAGGCCUACUUUGUAUCUCUCUUCAACCGCUUUGACUGUUUCAUUGUGUGUGGUGGAAUCUUGGAGACCAUCUUGGUGGAAACGAAGAUCAUGUCACCACUGGGUAUCUCAGUGCUGAGAUGUGUGCGACUAUUGCGAAUAUUUAAAAUCACCAGGUACUGGAACUCGCUGAGUAAUUUGGUGGCUUCUCUGCUCAACUCCGUGCGCUCCAUUGCCUCCCUGCUGCUGCUCCUCUUCCUCUUCAUCAUCAUCUUCUCCCUCCUAGGGAUGCAGCUCUUUGGGGGCAAGUUUAACUUCGAUGAGAUGCAAACCAGGAGAAGCACAUUUGACAACUUUCCCCAGUCACUGCUCACUGUGUUUCAGAUCCUGACUGGGGAGGACUGGAAUUCGGUGAUGUAUGAUGGGAUCAUGGCUUAUGGCGGCCCCUCUUUUCCAGGAAUGUUGGUCUGUAUUUACUUCAUCAUCCUCUUCAUCUGUGGAAACUAUAUCCUGCUGAAUGUGUUUUUGGCCAUUGCUGUCGACAACCUUGCAGAUGCUGAAAGCUUGACAUCUGCUCAAAAAGAGGAGGAAGAAGAAAAAGAACGGAAAAAACUAGCUAGAACUGCUAGUCCUGAAAAGAAACAGGAGCCUGAGAAGCCAGCUGUGGAGGAAGAGACCAAGGAGGAGAAAAUUGAGCUGAAAUCGAUCACGGCUGAUGGAGAGUCUCCACCUUCUAACAAGAGCAAUAUAGAUGAAUAUCAGCCUAAUGAAAAUGAAGAAAAGAAUCCAUAUCCUACUACUGAGACACCAGGAGAGGAGGAGGAGGAAGAGCCUGAGAUGCCUGUUGGGCCUCGACCACGCCCAAUGUCUGAAUUGCACCUCAAGGAGAAAGCUGUGCCAAUGCCAGAAGCCAGUGCUUUUUUCAUCUUCAGCCCCAGCAACAGGUUUCGAGUCCACUGCCAUCGCAUCGUUAAUGAUAACAUUUUCACCAACUUGAUCCUCUUUUUCAUCUUGCUCAGUAGCAUCUCUCUAGCAGCUGAGGAUCCUGUCCGACAUUACUCCGUUAGGAAUCAAAUCCUAGGCAAUGCAGAUUAUGUCUUCACUAGUAUCUUUACAUUAGAAAUUAUUCUUAAGAUGACUGCUUAUGGGGCUUUCCUCCACAAAGGCUCCUUCUGCAGGAACUACUUCAACAUCUUGGACCUGCUGGUGGUUAGCGUUUCUCUCAUCUCCUUUGGGAUCCAGUCUAGUGCCAUCAACGUAGUGAAGAUACUACGAGUCCUGCGAGUGCUCAGACCACUGAGGGCUAUCAACAGAGCCAAAGGACUAAAGCAUGUGGUCCAAUGCGUGUUUGUAGCCAUCCGAACCAUAGGGAACAUUGUGAUUGUCACCACGUUGUUGCAGUUCAUGUUUGCCUGCAUUGGAGUUCAGUUGUUCAAGGGCAAACUGUACAGCUGUACUGAUAGCUCCAAGCAAACAGAAGCAGAGUGCAAGGGCAAUUUUAUCACUUACAAGGAGGGAGAAGUGACUCAACCAAUGAUCCAGCCCCGAAGCUGGGAGAAUAGCAAAUUUGAUUUUGACAAUGUCCUCACUGCCAUGAUGGCCCUCUUCACUGUUUCAACCUUUGAAGGCUGGCCAGAACUGCUAUACCGAUCCAUUGAUUCUCAUAUGGAAGACGUGGGGCCCAUCUACAACCACAGGGUGGAGAUCUCUAUUUUCUUCAUUAUCUACAUCAUCAUCAUUGCUUUCUUCAUGAUGAACAUCUUCGUUGGUUUCGUCAUCGUUACUUUUCAGGAGCAAGGAGAGCAAGAGUACAAGAACUGUGAGCUAGACAAGAACCAGCGCCAGUGUGUAGAAUAUGCUCUGAAGGCCCGCCCCCUGCGGAGGUAUAUCCCCAAAAACCAGUACCAGUACAAAGUAUGGUAUGUGGUGAACUCCACCUAUUUUGAAUAUCUGAUGUUCGUCCUCAUUCUGCUGAACACGAUCUGCUUGGCCAUGCAGCACUAUGGUCAGAGCUGCAUCUUCAAAGAAGCAAUGAACAUCCUUAACAUGCUGUUCACUGGCCUCUUCACCGUCGAGAUGGUUCUGAAAUUAAUUGCCUUCAAACCCAAGCACUAUUUCUGUGAUGCAUGGAAUACAUUUGACGCCUUGAUUGUUGUGGGUAGCAUUGUUGAUAUAGCAAUCACCGAGGUGAACCCAGCUGAACAUACUCAAUGCUCUUCCUCUAUGAACGCAGAGGAAAACUCUCGCAUCUCAAUCACCUUUUUCCGACUCUUCCGUGUGAUGCGUCUGGUGAAGCUCUUGAGCCGAGGGGAGGGCAUCCGUACGCUCCUGUGGACCUUCAUCAAGUCCUUCCAGGCUCUCCCCUAUGUGGCUCUUUUAAUAGUGAUGCUGUUUUUUAUCUACGCUGUGAUUGGGAUGCAGGUGUUUGGUAAAAUUGCUCUAAAUGAUACUACUGAAAUCAAUCGGAACAACAACUUUCAGACUUUCCCUCAGGCAGUGCUACUGCUUUUCAGAUGUGCUACUGGUGAAGCUUGGCAGGAAAUCAUGCUGGCAUGCCUCCCAGAUAAGAAGUGUGAUCCCGAAUCCUUGGAACCAAACAACUCUACCGAAGGCGAACAUUCGUGUGGGAGCAGCUUUGCUGUCUUUUAUUUCAUCAGCUUCUACAUGCUUUGUGCCUUCCUAAUCAUUAAUCUUUUUGUAGCUGUUAUCAUGGAUAAUUUUGAUUACCUGACACGGGACUGGUCCAUCCUGGGUCCUCAUCAUCUGGAUGAAUUUAAAAGGAUCUGGGCAGAAUAUGAUCCUGAAGCCAAGGGACGUAUCAAACACUUAGAUGUUGUGACACUCUUGCGUCGGAUACAACCUCCACUAGGUUUUGGGAAACUCUGCCCUCACCGAGUGGCUUGCAAGCGCCUUGUCUCCAUGAAUAUGCCACUGAAUAGUGAUGGAACUGUCAUGUUUAAUGCAACCUUGUUUGCACUGGUCAGAACAGCACUGAGGAUAAAAACAGAUGGUAACUUGGAGCAAGCCAAUGAAGAGCUGCGUGCAAUCAUUAAGAAAAUCUGGAAACGCACCAGCAUGAAGCUGUUGGAUCAGGUUGUGCCACCAGCAGGUGAUGAUGAGGUAACAGUUGGAAAGUUCUAUGCCACGUUCCUAAUUCAAGAGUAUUUCCGGAAAUUCAAGAAGCGCAAAGAACAGGGCCUUGUUGGAAAACCUUCACAACGAAAUGCUCUUUCUCUCCAGGCUGGUCUGCGCACAUUACAUGACAUUGGACCAGAGAUUCGACGGGCAAUCUCUGGAGACUUAACAGCUGAAGAGGAAUUAGACAAAGCUAUGAAAGAAGCUGUUUCUGCUGCCUCUGAAGAUGAUAUCUUCAGGAGAGCUGGUGGCUUGUUUGGAAAUCAUGUCAGCUACUACCAAAGUGAUGGCAGAAGUUCAUUUCCUCAGACAUUUACCACUCAGCGCCCUUUGCACAUCAACAAAUCUAGCAACAACCAGGGAGACACUGAAUCCCCAUCCCAUGAGAAGCUUGUAGAUUCCACCUUCACUCCAAGCAGCUACUCAUCAUCAGGUUCCAAUGCUAACAUCAACAAUGCCAACAACACUGCCUUGAGCCGCUUCCCCAGCCCACCAAGCUAUCCCAGCACUGUCAGCACUGUGGAAGGCUACAACACACCUUUGUCACCCACUGCACAGAUUCAGGAGGUUCCUUGGAAGCUUGGCUGCAGAAGAUCCUGUUCGAGAGACAGUCAGGUGGCUAUUGUUUGUGAAGAGGAGGCUUCUCAGGAGGAGGAAACAUAUGAUGAGCAACUGAAUGAAGAAGCUGAGUACGGUAGUGAACCAAACCUACUAUCCACUGAAAUGCUCUCAUACCAAGAUGAUGAACACAGACAGCUAACUCCACCUGAAGUCAACAAAAGGGAAGGCAGCCAACACUCUCAAAAGAUUGGGUUCCUGCAUUCCUCAUCAAUAAGUCGAAGAGCAUCCUUUCACCUGGAGUGUCUGAAGAGACAGAAAAAUCAGAGUACAGAAGUCCCACAGAAGACAGCACUACCCUUGCAUCUGGUACAUCAUCAGGCACUAGCAACUGCAGGUCUGAGUCCUCUUCUUCAAAGAAGCCAUUCAUCCAUAAGAUCUUCUCGGUCAUGUGCCACUCCCCCUCCUACACUCUGUACACGAGAUUGGCUACAGCAACCUAUUAAAACCUUGCGGCUCAAAGGAGAGGAGUCCAAUGAGAAACUCAAUAAUAGCUUCCCAUCAAUAUACUGCAGCUCCUUGUAUUCUGAUAGCACCAGUUCUAGCAGCACUCGGAAAGCCAGGCCAGUCUCCCUCACAGUUCCCAGCCAGGCCAGUGAGUGUGGCAGGCAAUUUCAUGGCAGUGCUAACAGCCUUGUUGAAGCGGUCUUGAUUUCAGAAGGACUGAUGCAGUUUGCUCAAGAUCCAAAGUUCAUUGAGGUUACGACCCAAGAGCUAGCUGAGGCCUGUGACUUGACAAUAGAAGAGAUGGAGAAUGCUGCAGACAACAUUCUCAACGGUAACAGCAAGCCAAGCCCCAAUGGCAACCUCUUGCCUUUUGUUAAUUGCAGGGACCCAGGGCAGGACUGUAUGGGAGAGGAAGCAGCCCAGAACCCAGAUUGUAGAAAAAGUCAAGAGGAGCCUAAAGACAGCAGGAUUUAUAUCAGCAGCCUGUAGUUGCCAAGGCUGAAAGUGAUGCUGGUUUUUUAAUUUGUUUCAAUGUUCCUAAUGGGUUUGUUUCAGAAGUGCCUCACUGUUCUCGUGACCUGGAGUAACCAGAACAGCGUUCUUCAUUCAUUUCUGUCGGGAAGAAUCGCAGAGUUGGGUGGUGUAAAAGAGCUUUUCAGGAGUGAAUAUACAACCCCAGCAUGUGUCCAUGAAGGAAGAAUGAGAAGUAAAAAGAGGAGAGUCAGCUCCCUCUUUUUUUCUGUCCCUGCACAAGGAACAACAGCUGCUUCCUGAAUGUGAAGAAAAACCUCAGCUUCCUGUGGAUGGCCCUAGCGAAAAGGACACUUCAUCAAACGGGUGUCUUUCAACUUUGCUUGUACAAAAAAAAAAAAAAAAGAAUCAUUUUGCACAUAUUCUGUAUGAGCCUCACCGUCUCCAUAAAGCCAAGGCCCUUUUGAUCUACAAGUGGAACAGAAGACUUCUGCAACAGAUCCCCAUACUUUGCGGAGGCAGAAGCUGCAAGGGUACAGCAGAGGCAGGUGGCAAUAUUGCAGAUGCUUCUUGAUGGAAAUGCAGAGACUCCCAGGCAGUUUUCUCUGCCAAGCAAUCAGAGCUCAGGCAGUUUCCCCUGCCAACCAAUCAGAGCUCUGACAGCUAGCUGUGCCAACUGCUCAAAGAGCAGGAAGCCAGCUCUGUCAACCGGAGUUCAGGCAACCCGCCCAUUUCGAAGAGAGGUGGUGAUGGGCUUAUGUAGAUCUCUCCUUGUUUUUGCUGUUUGAUAUUUCCUUGAAAGCAUGUUCUAAUUUUUAUUUUUGAAUACUUUAUUUUAUUGUGUUUUAUUUUUUGAGGGAGAGGGGUGAAGGAGUGUUUACAAAGUUUUGUAAUCACCUAUAUUUUGGGCUUUUCCCACCUUUUCAAAUGUUUAAAAUUGGUUUGAUUUGAUUAUGUUGUACUAUUUAAAUUUUUUGUUUUCCUCCAUUGAAAUCUGGUAGAAGCUAAUAAUGAUAUUAGAGGAGUUUUGCCAACCAUUUAUGUACACCAGAAUUUGUGAUUUUAUUUGAAGUAAUGGGAAAUUCCUUUUUUGUUGUUGUUUUUAUAAUUUAAAGAUAGUAGGCAAUGCACUUGAUAUAGUCUUGCACAUAUGAGUGAUCGAUCUGGAUUCUUUAUAGCGCUGGGUAUAUUUGUGGGUGUGUGAACGAGUGAAUAGGGCUGAGUGAAUGAGCGAAUGCAUGCCUGAAAGUGUGUACGUUCAUACAGUUCUCCACUUCCUGGUUAUAACUGUGGGAGAGCUGUAUUUGGGGUUAUUUGAGUGUGCAAAUAAACCACUGUCUCUGCUUUUGAAAGGGGAAUCAGUAACUCUUUGCAUUUUCUGUUCCACAAGAUAUGCAAAAACAAUGCAAUAAUAUUAAUUUUAAAUACAAUUUGUGAAUUGUGUUGGCAUUAAAACUGUAUAGAAAAAACAAAACAAGGGGAUUAAAACAAACAAAACCAAGUGAGAAGGAGUUACGUUUCGAUAUAUUCUGUGUGAUGUUUUAUUGCAUUGAUAAUGUUUCUGUUGAAGAAACCGUAAUACUUGAAUUCAGGUCAGUUUCAGUAUUUUUCAACUAUUUUUUUAAAAUGAAUUGCGAUUGUGCCAAGCAAAUAUAAUGAAUUAAGUUUGUUUAAGGGGAAAAUAACAAUUCUUGUAUAUUUUGCUGCAUGUAAAGUAAAUCAUUUCGUAUUUGGAGUGUGCCAAGCUUUACCUUUGAACUUUUAAGUGCUUUUCUACGUGUGGUUAGGGGAAAGGGUAUACUUUUUUUCUUACUUUUUUUCAUUUGUACAAUGUACAAAGUGUACCUGGUGUUAAGUAACUAUUCUGCAACCCACUGACAGGUUGAACGUUAACUGAUUUUGCAUAUCUUGUGUUCACUUUCCUUUUUCUGCACUUCCUUAAACAUGCCUGAUAAUGAAUUCGGAAAAAUAUCUUGCUUUUGGAAACUGGGAGUUUUUAAUCCAGAUUUCACCCCUUUGCACAGUUUCUCUCAAUGGUUCCCCUCACUAAAGGGUGGCAAACUCUACAUUGCCAGAAUAAUCAGGUAGACCUAUUCCUAUAAACUGAGCUGGCAUCAGCAACUUUGGGAAUGAGGCGAUAUCUGAUUUCUUUUACUAUACAGAAAUAAAAGAAUAAAGAAAUAAUGUAUGUAGUGACAUGAAAUUAUCUUCAGGAGUUAGUCACUGGGUCAGUGCCAUCUUUAUAUGAGGAGGAGUGUACAGCACUCUUAACCAAAUUUUGACAUUUAGAGGUACUGCAAAUACUAUAGAAGACAAGCUAAAACAUUUUUACAUUUUUAGGGUAAACAGGGCAGGAAACUGAUUACAGAAAGAUAGAAUUAAAUAAGAGUGCAACAUAUUACCCACAGAAAAGAAGAACCAGAUGCACAUGUAUAAGAUGGACAACAACUCAUUAAGCAGUAGUUGAGCUAAGAAGGA